GCCCGUUCGCCAAUUUUCGCCGAGGAGAAGUUUCAUCAGGGAGAAAUACCGGGAGUGCUCGAACGUGGCAUUUAUCGCAUUUAUCUCUUGUAAAGACAGUUUCAAGUGUUUUCAUUUACAAUAUCUGAUAAUUUAAUACCUUAGCUACCCAGAAAUAUCAAGAGUCUUUCAACUCUUUGGGAAUAGAACGAGAAAUUCGGGUAUUCUUUCGCAUACUUUGCCCCUCCCGAGAUUUUUGUUUUGAUUAAGGGGAAGUGCUUCGUGCAGGCCAGUGCAAAAUGAGACUCAGCGCAGUGGAUCCCAGUUCGUAUGCAAAUGCCGAUGAAGUUGUUACUACCCAUGUCCACUUGGAUUGGAGAGUGGACUUUGCGAGGAGUGUCAUUGCAGGGAGUGCUGAGAUUUCUCUCAAAAUUGUGGCAUCGCAAAUUGAUCAGAUUCUCCUGGAUGUGAGUGAUCUCAAGAUUGAUUCAGUGAAGGUAGUGCAGGCUGAAGGAUCUUUCCCUUUGACUUUCAAUGUCUCGGAUUUGGUCGAGAACAUUGGAUCAAAGCUGACAAUUUAUCUUCCGACGAUGACUACUGGGCAGAUCAAUUUGCUGAUUGACUACGAGACAUCUCCCAAGGCCAGUGGAUUGCUGUGGCUGUCCAAGGAGCAAACGUCCGGGAAGAAUCAUCCUUUCCUCUUCAGUCAAUGCCAAUCGAUACAUGCACGAUCCCUCAUGCCUUGCCAGGAUACUCCAGCUGUUAAGUUCACCUACAGUGCUACCGUGCACCAUCCAGAAGCCCUCGUGGCACUUAUGAGUGCAAUUGAAACUGAUAAGAAGAGGGGCGUCACGUGUUUUGAGCAGACAGUGCCAAUUCCAAGUUAUCUGCUGGCAAUUGUUGUGGGAGAUCUUGUCAGCGAAGAUCUAUCCCCAAUUACGAGAGUCUGGGCCGAAAGGGAAAUUGUUCACGAGGCUGCCCAGGAAUUCUCCGAGACGAGUACUUUUCUCGAGAAAGCCAUCGAAAUAUGUGGUCCUUACGUAUGGAAACGCUACGAUGUCCUCGUGAUGCCGCCAAGCUUCCCAUUUGGUGGAAUGGAAAAUCCCUGUUUGACCUUCGUGACUCCUACCGUGAUUGCGGGCGAUAAGUCUUUGGUGAGCGUGGUGGCCCAUGAAAUAUCGCAUUCUUGGACAGGUAAUUUGGUGACCAACAAAACCUACGAGCAUUUCUGGCUCAAUGAAGGUUUUACGGUGUUUGUGGAGGAUAAAAUCCUUGGGGAGAUGUACGGAAAGAACUUCAGGGAUUUCCAUUCUUUCCUGGGUUUGGGUGAACUCAAGGACUGUAUGAAUGUUCAGCUGAAGGAUAAGCCAGAUCUGCAGAAAUUGGUGAUUGACUUGACAAAUUUGUCCCCUGAUGAUGCUUUCUCGACUGUUCCUUACAUGAAGGGAUCCACUUUCCUGCGCUAUCUGGAGAAUCUCUUUGGAGGACCAACUGUUUUCGACUCAUUUUUGCGUUUUUACUUGAACAAGUACAAAUUUCAAUCGGUCGUGAGUGAUGACUUUAAGAAAACAGUCUAUGAGUAUUUCCAUGAGAAUAAGUACAGCGAAAUUUUAUCUCAAAUAGACUGGGAUAAGUGGCUCUACAGCACUGGAAUGCCACCGAUAAUCCCAGAGUAUGACACGAGUUUAAUUGAUGUGGCUAAGAAGCAUGUUGAGUUGUGGAAGAAUUCCGAGGAUAUUCAUGAGAUUGAAAAUUCAUCGCUACUCAAGUCACCUAUGACGAGCCUCCAGAUUGUGGAGAUGCUUUCGAAAUUGCUGGAUGAAGAAGUAAAGUUCAGCCAUGAGAAAUUGGAUGUUUUUGAGAAGGCCUACAAAUUGGGAGAGACGAAAAAUUCAGAAAUUAGAUUCAGAUAUUUGAGAUUGUGCAUCUUGGCGAGGAAUUUUAAGGCAUUGGAUGAUAUCUUUGCAUUUGCCAAUAGCAAUUUCCGGAUGAAAUUUGUGCGUCCGAUUUACAAGGAACUUUCUCAGUGGCCGGAGGUACGUGAGAGGGCUGUUGAGAAUUUCCAUCGGUACAAGGAUCAAAUGAUGCGAAUGUGUGCUGUUCAAGUGGCUAAUGACAUGGGCAUAUCUAUUUAGGAUGUUUCAACAUAAAACAUUUCUCAAGACAAUAAAAUCAUUUAUUCUCAAGAACAGUA